AUGGACUUAGAUUUUGAAAAACAUAGCAAAAGAAGAAAAACCAAGGUUGAAGAUGAUCCACAAACAACUGGAAUGGAACUUCUGCCACGGGAGAUUGCUCACGAUAUACUUUCAAGAUUACCCAUCACUUCUUUGAUGCAAUUCAAGUGUGUAUGCCGACCUUGGCGUGCCUUGGUGCAGGACCCUCAGCUUGUGAAUCUCUACCUCUGUUGCUCAACUCAGGAUACUGAUCAUCCUUGCCUAAUCCUUCACUGCGACGUUCCCAUCAGAAACAAUCUCUACUUUGUGGAUUUUGCUGCUCCCGAGGAAGAAAAGGAGAAGGUGAAAAGAAUUCCAGCACCUUUUUCUUCUAUGAUGCCAGAGUUCGAAGUGGUAGGCUCAUGUAAUGGUUUACUAUGCCUAUCCGACUCAUUAUACAAUGAUUCUCUUUAUAUCUACAAUCCUUUCACUGGCAGCUAUACGGAGCUGCCAAAAUCCUUGCAGUAUCCGGAUCAAGAAGUGGUGUUUGGGUUUGGUUUCAGUCCCAAGACUCAAGAAUACAAGGUGAUUAGGAUUGUGUAUUACAGGAAUGGGCAUGGGGGCUACCCUAGGUCACGUAGAAUCAUUUAUCCUCUAUCAGAAGUUCAAAUUUUAACAGUAGGCUGCCAUGUAUGGCGAAGUCUAGGCAAAGUGUCAUACCGGCUUGUUCGCCGGACGUCGGAGGCCCUGGUUAAUGGAAGGCUUCAUUGGGUUAGCCGACCGUGUAGAAAUAAGCCUGCCCGCAGGCUGGUUUCAUUCGACUUGACAGAUGAGCAAUUCCGAGAAGUGCCCAAACCGGACUGCGGUGGCCUAAAUAGGCGCAACUAUCAUCUAGUGGUUCUGAGUGGUUGCCUCUCUGCUGCUGUUUAUUGCAAUUAUGGAAGAUUGGAGAUUUGGGUCAUGAAGGAGUACGAUGUGAAGGAGUCUUGGGUUAAAAAAUACAACAUUGGGACUUACAUGCCAAAGGGUUUGAAAAAAAAUCUGGACCGACCUCUAAAGUUAUGGAAGAAUGCAUCUAAUGGAAGGGUUGUUAGAGCUCUGUGCGUCUGGAAGAAUGAUGAAGUUCUGCUGGAGUAUAAGAACAGAGUUCUGGUUUCUUAUGACCCGAAGACUGGGCAAUUUAAGGACAUUGAGUUACAAGGGAAACCAAAUUGGUUUCAAACAGUAGUUCAUGUGGGCAGCCUGAAUGGGAUUGAUACUCCCACUGACGCAUACAACCAAGGAUUGGGCACUUCACCAUAUGGUAAGUUGAUCACUCCUUGCACUGAAACAAAAUCAUGUUUCUGUGUUAGUUGUUUGAAUUCUCAUUAG